AUGGCAGCGCUUAGGCUGCAACCACGGCAAUUUGCCAAAAUGCGGAUCGACGGCAAGGCUUAUACAAUCACGAAUGGGGAUGUCAUUCAUCUACCGACACGCCUGAAGAAUACAAGCGUCGGCGACACACUGCGACUGACGCAUGCAAUAAUGGUCGGCUCGCGAGACUUUACUAUCAGAGGCCAACCGUUCGUCAAGGAGGACUUGUUCGAGUGCUCGGCAACCGUGAUUGAACAUACAAAGCAGCCUAUGCUUCGAACCAUUAAAAAGAAACGGCGCAAUAGACACGCCAAGCUGGUGGAGAGCAAACAGCCAUACACUGUGUUGCGCAUCAACAAGAUACAAAUUCAUGAGCCAACAGCUGUGACGGAUAGAAAGCAGCUCUAG